AUGUCUAAGACCAGCACGGGGUCUUCCCAGAAUCCUAUGAAUCGUGUUUUAGUGACAGGCGCCACGGGUUUUAUUGGCGCCCAUGUUGUGGACAAUCUGUUAGCCCGCGGGUUUUCAGUCCAGGGAACCACCAGAUCUACUCAAAAAGCAGAGCACAUGAAGGCCGCGCGCCCCGAAUACGCUUCGAAGCUGGAUUUUGUGGUUGUAGAGGAUUUUACAAAGAUCGGCGUCUUUGAUUCUGCAGUGGACGGAAUCGAUGGAGUUAUCCACGUCGCUAGUCCCUUUUUCUAUGACACGACAGACAAUGAGCAAGAGCUCAUUCUUCCCGCUAUCAACGGCGUCAGAUCAAUCCUUGCUGCAUCAGCCAAGCCCGGAAGCAAAGUCCAGCGCAUCGUGCUGACGUCGUCCUUUGCUUCGGUGGUUGACAUCAACCGCUGCCAUCCUCCAGGGUUUACCUACACUGCUGCAGACUGGAACCCUCUGACCUACGAAACAGCAAUAAGUCGUGAAUCGAGCUCUGUAAUUGCCUAUCGUGGAUCCAAGAAAUUUGCCGAGCUUGCUGCAUGGGAAUUUAUCAAAAACGAAAAGCCGCAAUUUGAUCUUGUGGCCCUCUGUCCACCAAUGGUCUUCGGCCCGGUCGUCCACCCAGUUCCUGAUGUGAAACAACUCAAUGAGUCGAACGCCGAUCUGUGGAGCGUAGCUGCCGGUGCUGACCCUCUGCCUGGCGCUCGUGUCCCUGCGUGGAUUGACGCUCGUGAUCUUGCUGAGGCGCAUGUCCAAGCCCUUCUUAGACCUGAAGCAAGCGGGAAACGUUUCAUUCCCGCAUCUCCAGAGCCGUUCUCCUAUGGUUAUGCUGCAGACAUCAUCAAAGGUGAAUUUGACUGGGCCAAGGAUACUGUAACAAGCAACUACAGGGCCGGUGAAAAGCCAAAUGCGCCAUUUGGUGUUGACGGAGAAACAGCAUCUCGAGAGCUCGGCGUCACAUACCGACCUUUCAAAGAGACAGUUAUAGAUUUUGUUGGGCAUGUGAAAAAGCAGAUUCUCUGA